AUGCAGGCUAAAGUAGUGCACCGGGGAAACGGCUUCAUCGCGGUGGCUAUAUCUGGUCUUACAUUGUAUAGCUGCUACUUCUCCCCAAACUAUAGCUUCGAAGAAUUUGAGCAGGAUACAAAUGACCUUUUCGACAGCAUACAAACACAACGUGGGGAAAUUAUAGUAGCUGGAGACUUCAACGCAGCCUCAAAAGUGUGGUCUAAGAAGUCUGAAAAUGCCAGAGGGCGCCAUAUAAUGGAAUUACUUGCAAGUAAGGACAUGGUCAUAGUCAACGCAGGGGAUAGACCGACAUUUCAAAGAGGUCCGAAGAAUUCUACUCCAGAUAUCACAUUCGCAAGCUUUGGUCUGGCACAGCAAAUUGUGGAAUGGCAAGUCUUGGACGAAGAUAGUUUAAGUGGGCACUGCUAUAUAAAGUUUCAGGUAUCCCAAAACAAGGAUGUACUGCUAACGCAGCCACAAUUGGGGUGGAAGCUAAACGAAAUCGACCAGGAAAAGAUGGUAGAGAUACUAAAAAAAGAUGAAAAUGAAAUUAGCACACCGGAGGAACUAGUUGUCUUGACUACGAGGGCCUGUGACAAAGCGAUGCCAAAAAAAGGCCUUCCUCGUAAAUCACCUGUUUACUGGUGGAAUAGGGAAAUAGGAGAAAAAAGAAAGUACUGCACUAGCUGCCGUAGAAAAUAUACGCGUGAGAGGCGGAAAAACAAAAGGGGACCUAUAAAUACUGAUGGUGCUGCGGAUCAAGGUAUUCAGAAAAAGAGAGAAGAAUAUAAGUCUGCCAAAAUAGCAUUGCAAAUAGCAAUAAUGAAGUCAAAGACGGAAGAGUGGAAAAAGCUUUGCGACGAGGUGGAUAAAGACACGUGGGGACUAGGGUAUAAAAUCGUCACCAAAAAGAUGCGGCCACGCCCACCCGGUUUAGAAAUGGAAUUAAUAAAAUCCGUGGCGGCGGUCCUGUUUCCAGCACACAAAACCUUUGGGCGAAUCAUAGCUGAUGACUCUCAACCCGUGGAUGUAACAGAGGACGAGCUGAAAACGGCGGCGGAAAACUUAAAACCUAAAAAAGCGCCCGGGCCGGAUUUUCUGUAUCCAGAGAUAGUUAAAUUGGCCGUGCAAGCUAUACCAGAAAAAAUAAGACAGAUCAUGGAUGCGGCGUUCAAAUCUGGAGUUUUUCCGGCAGUCUGGAAGACGGCCAAAUUGAUCCUGCUUAGGAAAGCCAAUAAGCCCAAAGAUGACCCAUCUGGCUAUAGACCGGUCUGCUUGCUCGAUUGUUACGGCAAGCUGAUGGAGAGACUUCUAGUGAAUAGAAUAGAAAAGCUCCUACCAGAACAUGGAGGUCUCUCAGAGCACCAGUACGGCUUCCGGCAAGGCCGAUCUACACUAAUGGCCAUCAAAAGGGUAGUGGAAACCGCUGUAGUGGCGAAACAGGGCUCACGCAGGACUAGAAGGCUUUGUGCCCUAAUAUGUCUCGACGUCAAAAACGCGUUUAACUCUGCUCCUUGGAAGGAAAUUCUGUUAGAAAUAAGAAAAAGAGGUCUACCGGGCUACUUACAAAACCUCUUAAGUAGCUAUCUAGAGGAUAGAAGUAUAAUCGUCAGAGACAACAAAGGAGUGACGGAAGUAAUAACUGUCAGUAGCGGGGUUCCACAAGGGUCAAUAUUAGGCCCAACCUUAUGGAAUAUUCUGUAUGACGGUGUUUUCACGCUAGAGCAAGAAGAAGGGGUGCAAGUGUUAGGCUUCGCGGACGACCUUGCCAUUGUGGUGGUGGCCAAAACAGAAAUAAGCCUCAUGUCUCGGGCAAACAGAGCGCUUGAACGAGUUAAUGCAUGGAUGCAAAAGAAACAGCUAGCCCUGGCACCCGAGAAAACGGAGGCAGUCGUAUUUAGCGGAAGGCGAAAACUGCAACCCAUUAAUUUCUCAAUUCAGGGUACUGCAGUGACACCUAAAGACCACGUUAAGUAUUUGGGAGUGUGGCUUGACAAAAACAUAAGCUUCAAGACUCACAUUGAGGAGGUAGCUCAGAAGGCACAAAAAUUGACAGAGGUACUAUGCAGGUUGAUGCCGACAAGAGGCGGUCCCCGAGCGAGCAGAAGAAGAAUUUUAGCGUCGGUUGCCCACUCUACUAUACUUUACGGGGCACCUCUGUUCAAGAAGGCCAUGAAUGUGGAACUGUACCGUAAAAAACUAGAGACGGUACAAAGACGCCUUGCGAUAGGAGUAUGCGGUGCUUACCGGACAGUUUCCACAGAAGCAGUGCUGGUCAUAGCAGGACUGGUCCCGAUAGAUAAGCUAGUAAAAGAACGGGCCCUAUUGUUCGAAAAGAAAGAUCAAAAUCCCCAUGAAACACGUGAGAACACCUUGAAGGAGUGGGAGAGAGAAUGGUCGGGUGCAGGGAAGGGAAGCUGGACCCGCGAAUUAAUCCCUGAUUUAAAGGCCUGGCUACACAGGAAGCAUGGGGAGGUAGACCGCUGGCUUACACAAGCUCUCAGUGGACACGGGGUGCUUAAUACCUACCUCUUCGCUAUUGGAAAGGCGCCACAUGAAAAAUGUUAUUUCUGCGGAGAAGAGGACAAUCCGAGGCAUGCUCUCUUUGAAUGUCCGGGAUGUGCAGACGUGACAGCAGAAGCACAGGAAACAGGGGAGUUUAAUGCGCAAACUCUUGUUGCUCGCAUGUUGGAGAGCGAAAACGAAUGGCACAAAUGCGCUAACACGCUCCGAACAAUAAUGGUUCGGAGGGAAACGAGAGAAAGACAAGAGAAAAAGGGAUGCGAGGAAUGA